GGGGUCGGCUGUACCAACGCCACUACUGUACCAAACCCUGCUUGGCUGGGGCUGGCUGUGCAAGCGCUGAUAACCAUGUUUCUCUUCCGAACACGCAGCAGCGCACUACUGCCAAAGUUGAUGCCUCGGAGGCAACUUCGCCCCCAAAUUUACUCGUCAACGAAGCAGGCCCGGCCAACUGCACUCGCCGUUGCUACUGCUACUGCUGCCACCGCCGCCGCCGCUGCCGCCGCUGCUACUGUUGCUGUUUUGACCGCAUGGCAUCGCGAGAAACCGAAUGAGAUCCUCGUGAAAAACUACGAUGACUUCAUGAGACCUACGGAUGGCCAGAAGCCCGGGGCUGCGGCCCGUGUACUCGUUCCGCUCUGUGGCAAAACGGUCGACAUGCCCUAUCUGGCGCAAAAAGGGGCGCCGAAGCUGGGGUCGGACCCGCUUAUGUAA